CCCGCUCGGAGACUGGAGAAGUAAUUUGUUCAUUUGCAAAUGGUUGAUGGGUCGAGAGCAGUUGAAAUAUCUGUAAGCAUCGUCGUCAAGAUCGAGUAUACGUUUGUCUAUAAGGAUGGUUACAGGAUGGAUAUAAAUUCUAUAUACUAAUGCAUAUUAAUAAAUGUUUUCGGUUUAUUAAUUAAUUGAUUAAAAAGAAGAGUAAAACCAUGUAUCUGUAUAAUUUGACUCUCCAACGUGCGACGGGUAUAACCCAUGCGGUACAUGGUAAUUUCUCUGGCAGUAAAAUGCAAGAGAUACUAGUCUCUCGUGGCAAGUCUUUAGAACUUUUGAGACCGGAUCCAAAUACUGGAAAAGUUCAUACCUUGUUAACUGUAGAAGUAUUUGGAAUUAUAAGGUCUUUAAUGGCCUUUAGACUGACCGGUGGUACAAAAGAUUAUAUCGUCGUUGGAUCAGAUUCCGGGCGUAUCGUAAUUCUGGAGUACAUUCCUGCAAAAAAUAUUUUUGAGAAAGUUCAUCAAGAAACUUUUGGAAAAAGCGGAUGUAGACGUAUCGUACCUGGACAAUAUUUAGCUAUAGAUCCUAAAGGGAGAGCUGUAAUGAUAGGUGCAAUUGAGAAACAAAAAUUAGUGUACAUUUUAAAUAGAGAUCCCGAGGCUCGACUUACGAUUUCUUCACCUUUAGAAGCUCAUAAAAGUAACACGUUAGUUUACCAUACAGUGGGAGUGGAUGUGGGUUUUGAAAAUCCUAUGUUUGCUUGUUUAGAAAUUGAUUACGAGGAAGCGGACAGCGAUCCUACAGGUGAUGCAGCAGUAAAAACACAACAGACUUUAACCUUGUAUGAACUUGAUCUUGGUUUGAAUCAUGUUGUACGAAAGUACAGCGAACCUCUGGAAGAACACGCAAAUUUCCUUGUAUCGGUUCCCGGAGGAAACGAUGGGCCAAGCGGUGUUCUCAUUUGUUCCGAAAAUUAUUUGACAUAUAAAAAUUUAGGAGAUCAGCACGAUAUCCGUUGUCCUAUUCCUAGACGACGUAACGAUUUAGAUGAUCCUGAAAGAGGCAUGAUAUUCGUGUGUUCUGCUACUCACAAGACGAAAAGUAUGUUCUUCUUCUUGGCCCAAACGGAACAGGGAGAUAUUUUCAAGAUCACAUUGGAAACGGACGAAGAUAUGGUGACUGAAAUUAAAUUAAAAUAUUUUGACACUGUACCGGUUGCAGCAAGUAUGUGUGUUUUAAAAACAGGUUUCUUGUUUGUAGCAUCAGAAUUUGGUAACCAUUAUCUCUAUCAAAUUGCUCAUUUAGGAGAUGAUGACGACGAGCCAGAGUUCAGCUCUGCUAUGCCUCUCGAAGAAGGUGACACGUUUUUCUUUGCACCGAGACCGCUUAGAAAUUUAGUAUUAGUCGAUGAAAUGGAUAGUUUGUCGCCAAUAAUGGCGUGUCAGGUAGCUGAUUUGGCAAACGAAGAUACUCCGCAAUUGUACAUAACGUGUGGCAGAGGUCCGCGAUCUACUUUGCGGGUGUUGCGGCACGGUUUAGAGGUGUCUGAAAUGGCUGUUAGCGAACUGCCUGGUAAUCCAAACGCUGUGUGGACGGUUAAAAGAAGAGUCGAUGAGGAGUAUGAUGCUUACAUCAUAGUGUCGUUCGUGAAUGCUACUCUUGUACUUAGUAUCGGAGAAACUGUAGAAGAAGUGACCGAUUCUGGCUUUCUUGGUACAACACCAACAUUGAGCUGUUCGGCGUUGGGUGAAGAUGCGCUAGUACAGGUGUAUCCCGAUGGAAUACGACAUAUUCGUGCUGACAAACGUGUAAACGAAUGGAAAGCGCCUGGAAAAAAGACUAUAGUUAAAUGCGCAGUGAAUCAACGUCAGGUUGUAAUUGCCCUUACCGGAGGAGAAUUAGUAUACUUCGAAAUGGAUCCUACGGGACAGUUAAAUGAAUAUACAGAACGAAAGAAAAUGCCUUCGGAGGUGAUGUGUAUGGCUCUUGGAAACGUAGCCGUUGGAGAACAAAGGUCAUGGUUUUUGGCUGUUGGUCUUCAAGAUAACACCGUAAGGAUUAUCUCGUUAGAUCCUUCCGAUUGCUUAGCACCUAGAAGUAUGCAGGCUUUGCCAGCGGCUGCAGAAAGUUUAUGUAUCGUUGAAAUGGGUGCGAAAGAUGCAAAUAAUUCCGAGGAAUUAUCCUCUCAACAAUCCAGUCUUUAUUUAAAUAUAGGUCUGCAAAACGGUGUUUUGUUGAGAACGGUAUUAGAUCCAAUUUCAGGGGAUCUCGCCGACACGCGUACGCGAUAUUUAGGUUCACGCCCCGUUAAGCUAUUUAGGAUAAAAAUGCAAGGAAACCAAGCGGUGCUUGCAAUGAGCAGCAGAUCGUGGUUAAGUUACUAUUAUCAAAAUCGUUUUCAUUUAACACCGUUGUCCUAUGAAAGUUUGGAAUUUGCGUCAGGCUUCAGUUCCGAACAAUGUCCUGAAGGAAUUGUUGCCAUCUCUACAAAUACCUUGAGAAUUCUUGCCCUCGAGAAAUUGGGUGCAGUGUUCAAUCAAAUUAGUUUCCCUCUGGAAUACACGCCAAGAAAGUUUGCGAUUCAUUCGGAUUCUGCACACUUGAUAAUCAUUGAAACAGAACAUAACGCGUACACAGAAGAAACAAAACAACAAAGAAGAUUGCAAAUGGCAGAAGAAAUGCAAGAAGCAGCUGGCGCAGAAGAAGCUGUAGUGGCAAGAGAAUUAGCUGAAGCUUUCUUAUCGGAAGAACCUAACGAAGCUGUGUUUGGAGCACCAAGAGCCGGACCAGGCUUAUGGGCAUCGUUAAUUAGAAUAAUAGCUCCAACAACGGGGCAAACGUUUCAAGUUCAUCGACUUGAACAGAAUUUAGCUGCUUUAUGCCUAAGUCUUGUAAAGUUUCUUAACCAGGGUGAUCAAUUGUUUCUCAUAGUUGGUGUUGCGAAAGAAUUUCAACUAAAUCCUAGACUUAGCAGCGGUGGUUUUCUCUAUACUUACAAAGUAAAUACCGAAUGUACUAGUCUUGAAUUGGUACAUAAAACCACUUUGGACGAGGUACCUUUGGCUAUAUGUCCGUAUCAGGGAAGAGUAUUAGUUGGCGUUGGUAGAAUGUUACGUUUAUAUGAUAUGGGCAAGAAGAAAUUACUACGUAAAUGUGAAAAUAAACAUAUUCCUAAUGCUAUUGUGUCUAUAAAUGCGAUUGGGCAACGAAUUUAUGUAAGCGACGUUCAGGAAUCAGUGUACGCUGUUAGAUACAAACGACAAGAAAAUCAGCUGAUAGUGUUUGCCGAUGACACGCAUCCGAGGUGGAUCACAACAACAUGCGUACUUGAUUACGAUACUGUUGCUACCGCCGACAAAUUUGGUAACAUCGCUGUUAUACGGUUAGCAAGUGGUAUCAACGACGACGUGGAUGAAGAUCCAACCGGGAACAAGGCAUUGUGGGACCGAGGUUUACUGAACGGAGCCAGCCAAAAGGCAGACACGGUUGCCUGUUUCCACGUUGGUGAAACGGUUAUGUCUUUACAGAAAGCAACCCUAAUUCCGGGUGGUUCUGAAAGUUUGGUGUAUACAACGUUAAGUGGAACAGUUGGCGUUCUGGUGCCGUUUACUAGUCACGAAGAUCAUGAUUUCUUCCAACAUUUAGAAAUGCAUAUGCGCUCGGAACAUCCACCACUUUGCGGAAGGGAUCAUUUGUCGUUUAGAUCAUAUUAUUACCCUGUAAAGAAUGUUAUAGACGGUGAUCUCUGCGAACAAUUUAAUUCUAUCGAACCGGCGAAACAAAAGAGUAUCGCGGGCGAUCUUGAACGAACACCUUCCGAAGUGUCAAAGAAACUCGAGGAUAUUCGUACACGAUACGCCUUUUAAAUUUAUUUUUAUCUUUACGGCUUAUUUAUUAUCGAGUCAUUUAACAAAUUUUUGCAUUCCGUUUUAAUCAAUUCGUAAAAACCUUUAACACGCUACAACGGUGUCGAUGGAAGUACAUUAUUUUUUUUUUUUUUUUUUUUUUUUUCAUAUGAUGCAGUCAGUUUUCACCAUUAUGUAUUCCAUAAGUUUUGACAAAGCUGCAAACUGAUAUAUAUAUAUAUAUAGAAAAUACACAAUAAUUGGUGUUUUAAAUGUGUUGUUUCGAAUUUUUAUAACGGGACAUUUGAGCCGUUGAAAAGCCAAAGUGAGAUCGACUUUUGGAAUUGAUCGAUCUAAUAAAUGACCGGCACAUUUAUUAUGUUUAGCGCAGAAAAAAAUAGAAAACAUCUUGUCGACCUAAUUUAAAAUUUUAAAUACGGCAUGCGCAUUAAACAAUAUCGAACAUAUUGAUGGACAAUUAUUCUUUGUAAAAACGUAUAUAUAACGUAUUCAAGUUUUAAUUUUAAUUGAAAUUAAUUCAAACGAAUGUAUUGAAUAACAAUAAAUUAUCAUUUUUUAUA